AUCUGGGAGUAGUGAUUUUGCCCUUUUUCUUUAAAAAAUCGAAGAGAAGCAAAAGUUAGUGCGAUAAAUCCCCUUUUAAAGUAGUAAAUCCAUCAAAUAGUUCCUCCUCGAUACCCACCAAAGCCAGCUUUUGUCCCACCCACAGAGCCCGUCCCGGAAAAAUGAAAAUCGUCUACCAAGUGCUCAAGUGCCUGCUAUCUUUGGUGCUGCUGCUCCUGUUUAUUCUGAUUAGCUUCGCCUCCCGCGUUCUGUUUGUUUAAAUACCCGCCCGUGCCCUUCCGGUGGCCGAUGUCCAGCAUCCUCAUCGAUCACCGAAUCUUCCUCCUCUUUCGUCUUCGUCUUCACCGUUUGAAACAGCGGAAUCAUCACGGCCUUAUCGCUAAUCGGACGUUGCCACCGUGAAAUAGAGGCCAACCGUCGUCGAUCGCGAGUUUGGCGAGCCCCGAAAUCCUCGCAAUUACCACGGCGAAAUGGUUUAAAUUUGGCGCUCCACGAACUCAUGCGAAUCAUUCGCAUAAAAUCAGGAAUGCUGCAGUGUUGAACUAGAAUGUCACAAGAAAAUGCCAUCAGGACCGCCGUCCAUUCGAUUUAUCGCCAGCAGCAGGGCCAGCAGCAUCCAGCAGGCCCGAUGAUGUAUCGCCCUGUGCCGGGAUACGGUAGCGCACCAUCGCAACCUACGGUUGCCAUGUCCCGGUCGCAAUCGCACAUGAUAAAUCUGUUGAGUGAGGAAUUCCUUGCCGGCUACAUGGAGCAGGGACGCAUGUCCGUCGUGCGGAGGUUUUUCUGUCUCUUCGUUACAUUCGAUCUCGUGUUCAUCUCCUUGCUGUGGAUCAUCUGUGUUGUGAUCAAGGGACAAAACGUGAUCAGCGCACUAGAGGCUCAGGUUGUUCACUACACUGUCCAGUCCUCGCUUUUCGAUGUCGUGGCGGUGGCCUUUAUUAGAUUUAUUGUGUUAAUCCUGUGUUAUGGACUCCUGGGCAUAAGCCAUUGGGUAGUGAUAGCGCUAUCGACAACCAGUUCCUGUGGUCUUCUUGUUUGCAAAGUAAUUCUUUACGAUUGGACAGGUACCACACAACCAGUGUUUGAAGUGCUGUUAAUAGUCGUAUCUUUUGUGCUGGCAUGGAGUGAGGCCUGGUUUCUGGAUUGUCGCGUCAUUCCCCAGGAACGAUAUAUAAGCAAUUAUUUGACAACAACAGGUCCCACCUCGGUCGACGCUAGUACACCACUGUUGCAACCAUUUUUGAACUCGGCCAUUACUGCCGGAGUGGAGAGUGUAGGCAACUUUUACUCACCAUUCGAGUCGGCCCACAAUAGUGAUGAAGAUGACGACGAAGAUGCCCAGGACGAUCAGUACAAGCAGAUGGGUUUAGAAUGCGUUCGCACGGCAUACGACCUGCUCGAAUCGGAUAGCUGGAAGCUAGAAAAGACGACCAACAAGGGCGACACGAUCCAUAGCUGCCAGGUGGAUCAGCUCGGUAAGGUGUACAAAGUGACCGGCAUCAUUGACUUUCCGGCGGAAAAGUUGUUGAGGGAGCUGUUCUACAAAAUCGAAGACAUGCCCAAGUGGAACCCAUCGAUUAUCGUAUCCAAAAUUAUGCGCAAAAUCGACAGCUACACCGAUAUCACCUAUCAAAGCACGACUGGUGGAGGAGGGGGAGUGGUAAAGUGUCGCGAAUUUGUUAAUCUGCGCUGCUGGCGGGUUUGCCGCGAUGGACAGGUCUGUGAAGCAACCGGUGAUACCGAUGAACAGAGCGAACAGGAAUCGGAAGGUGACCACAGCGGCACCGAGAGCAAUGACCAUUAUGACGGCAGAGGUGACGCACCAAUAACGGGGGCAAUUGGUUCCUCGAAAAUGAGUCAAUCGCACAGUGAAUUGAAGCUGAAAAGAGUGGCCGAUGAGACAGCAUUUAAAACGCUCAGCAAAAGCCUUGGAGCGCAGGAUUUUGCGGCCGAUAGCGUGAAAGACGAUGAUCUACCAAGUGUCUUGCUGGAGGAGAAAGCUAGCGCCAGAGACAGACAAAGUGAUCUAAAAUUCGCCAAGGGAAGCAAGGUGUACGUUAGCGCGGCAACUAGUAUUGACCAUCCGGGUGUGGUGCUCACCACGAAGUUUAUUCGUGGUGAAAAUAAGAUUUCCUGUUGGGCGAUGCGUGAGCUCGAUAAUGAAAAGGAUCGAUGCAUUUUCCAGUGGCUUCUGUGUCUGGAUCUAAAGGGAUACAUUCCGCGAUACGUUCUCGACACUGCCUACACAACGCUAAUACAAGACUAUAUGAACUCAUUGCGAAAGCAUGUGGCCAAGCUGAGCCAACAAGCAAUUGUGCCUCUUAACAAUCAUCAGUAACAUGAUGGCAUUUAUGAUGCAUUGAUUCAUUUUUGUUGUAAUAUGUCUUUAGAGCCAUUCUGAUCUUCCGCCACGACGAUCUGUUAAGCAUUAUCCGUAUGACGUGCAUAUGACAUUAGUAGCGCACCUUGAAUCAGUCUUCUCCGGUCCUAAACUAUCUAGAACCGUAUGUUGUUACCGUGGUACACAUCGUGGGAGAAGGUGCUGUUUGGAGAGGAUGUUUCUUUUUCCCACGACCGCGUAGUGAAUCUUGGAACCGAGUUUUUUUUAGUGAUCUAUCGGUGCGCAAAUGAUAGGCUACGUUGCUGAAUGAUGAUUCCGUUCGUAAAACCGUUCGGUACAUCACGAACAUGAGCGCCUGCUGGCGAGUGUCGGACUACUAAAGGCUUCACGCUCCUCCUCUAUUCUCACACACGGCCUCUAACCCGCCUAAAUGGAAGUGAAAAGUCUGCAAUUAUAAGCCGUUAUUUUCAUAGUCAAAGACGGACGAGAACAGCGUUCCAGGUUUUCGAACGUUCUUUUUUAUAUUCCUUAUCGAACACCAACACUACAAACACAACACACACCGAAACGCGUACUAUAUUGGUAUAAUUUUAUUGUGAUAUAAAUAAAAACAUGAUACACAUUU